AUGCGUUCCGACAAGCUUCUCGUGCUCGCCGGUCUGGCGAGCUAUGCUCUCGCUCUCCCCACGAAGGACUUGGACCCCCGUACCUUCGGCCUCGUCGCCGAGAUUCUCACUGACCUUGGUGAGGAUUUGACCGGUUUCAUCGAGGCCCUCCUUGGCGGCGGUGUCAAGAGCUCCGCAAGCCUCCUCACUGGUAUCAGCGCUCAGGCAGCUGCUGUCCUUGAAGGUGGUGCUCUGGGUUGCACUGCCGGCAAGAUCGAUGCCUCCGCUCGUGCGGAGCUGGCCGCGUGGAUCCGUGCUCAUGCCAGCUUCGAUGCCUCCCUCAAGUCGUCUCUGUUGGCCUGGUGUGAGGGCGAGGACUCUGCCACCUUGUCCGUCGAUGUCCGUGCUGGUCUCGCUCUAUUCAUCCCCACCUGCGCCGAGGUCGCUGCCAAGGGCGACAUCUACGUGACUGUCGAUGGUAUCUUCUCUGUUUCCGACCUUGAGGCCGCUGUUGUCCUCAGCUCUUCUUUCCAGUCUACUCUGUCUACUUUCAUCUCCGGAUCCGUUGGUGUUGAAUUGGAUGCCGACAUCAAGGCUGGUCUUUCCCUCUGUGCUGGUGGUGGUGUCGUCGCCGACCUUGCUUCGGAUAUCGAGGCCGCCCUGAAGGUCUGGCUUAAUGGCUCCGAGUGCUCUCUGAGCGCCUCCCUCAAGGCUGCUGUCCUUGCUUGGUUGGAGGGCAAGGCUGGCGUGUCUGGUGUUGUUACCAUUGGCACUGUGCCCACUGCUGGUCUCACCACUGUCUCCGUCGGUGCCGCCAUCAACGCCCUUGUCGAAACCUCCGGUGCCCUUACUGCUAGCGCCCAGGCCUACCUCUCUGCCUUCCUCAAGUCCUCCCUCGCCACCGACAUUGAGGCCGAUGUUAAGGUUGUUCUGGAGGCCUGUAUCUCGGGCAAGCUUGCCACUUCCGUCAGCGCCGAUGCCCGUGCUGCCCUGGCAGUCUGGCUCUCCGGCGAUAGCUGCCAGCUGGGCGUCGAGCUGAAGGCCGUUCUCUACUUCUGGCUUUCCUUUGCCCUGAGCGGCGACGUCACCGUUGACUUGUCCACCGACAUCAUUACCGAACUUGAGACUUUCAUUACCGGUACCAUCGACACUCUCAUCGGUGUCAACAUUAGCCGCGUGCUCUCCCUGCUGCUGUCUGGCGAGAGCCUGGCCUCCCUCUCCCUGGAGUCUCGUGCUGAGCUGUCUGCUGUCAUCGGUGGCUGCGCUGGUGUUGAUAUCAGCUCCUCCAUUGAGAUCAUCGUCAUUGAAUGGCUUACCGGCUGCAGCAUCCCCGGCGGUCCUUCUAUCGGCUCUGGCUCCGGCUCCGGAUCUUCCUCCAAGCUCAUCCCCAGCGCCUCGAGCGUUCCCGCCGUCGCUUCGACCCCCGCUGCCAGCGUUCCUGCUGUUCCCACCGUCUCCGUCCCCACUGGCGGUUCCAGCCCCAGCAAGCCUGCUCAGUCCGGUGCGCCCGGAUCUCCCAGCGGUGUCAGUCCUUCCGGUAUUCCUUCGGUUCCCUCCUCCCCUGCUCAGUCUGGUGCUCCUGGUGCUCCCUCUGGCGGUGUCCCUGCUCCCAGCGGUGGCGUCGUUCCCUCGUCUCCUGCCCAGUCUGGUGCUCCUGGUGCCCCUAGCGGCGGUGUUGUCCCCACUACCUCUGUUCCGGAAGGCGCCAGUGCCGGUGCCUCCACUACUCCUUGUGACACUAUCACCGGCGAGACUGUUGUUCCCGUUGCUACUAUGACCGAGGGCGGUUCUGCUCCUAGUGCUCCCGCCCAGUCUGGUGCCCCUAGCGGUACCCCCAUCGUCGGUGGUGGUGCUGGUGGUUCUACUGGCGGUUCUACUGGCGGCUCUGGUUCCGGCUCUGGUUCCGGCUCUGGCUCUGGCUCUGGCUCUGGCUCUGGCUCUGGCUCUGGCUCUGGCUCUGGCUCUGGCUCUGGCUCUGGCUCUGGCUCUGGCUCUGGCUCUGGCUCUGGCUCUGGCUCUGGCUCUGGUUCCGGCUCUGGCUCUGGUUCCGGCUCUGGCUCUGGCUCUGGCUCCUGGUCCGGCUCUGGAGGUGCUGCUCCCUCCGGUAGCGUUCCCUCUGUCCCCUCCGGCUCUGUCCCUGCUGUUCCUACCGCUAGCGUCCCCGAGGGCGCCAGCGCCGGUGCUUCCACCACUCCCUGCGACACUAUCACCGGUCAGACUGUCGUUCCCGUUGCUACUAUGACUGAGGGCGGCUCUGCCCCCAAUGCCCCUGCUCAGUCUGGCGGUGUUGUUCCCUCUGCUCCCGCUCAGUCCGGUGCUCCUGGUGCUCCCUCCGGUGCCCCUGCUCCCAGCGGUGGUGUUGUCCCCUCUGUUCCCGCUCAGUCCGGCGGUGCCCCUGCCCCCAGCGGCGGUGUCGUUCCCUCCGGUGGUGCUAGCGUCCCUGCUGUUCCUACCGCUAGCGUCCCCGAGGGUGCCAGCGCUGGUGCUUCCACCACCCCCUGCGACACUCUCACCGGUCAGACUGUUGUUCCCGUUGCUACCAUGACCGAGGGUGGCUCUGCCCCCAGCGCCCCUGCUCAGUCUGGCUCUGGCAACGCUCCCAGCGGUGGCUCCCCCGCCCCCAGCGGUGGUGUCGUCCCCUCCGGCGCUGCUAGCGUCCCUGCUGUUCCCACCGCUAGCGUCCCCGAGGGCGCCAGCGCUGGAGCCUCCACCACUCCCUGCGACACCAUCACCGGCCAGACUGUCGUCCCUGUCGCUACCGAGACCGUGACUCCUGUCCCCGUUGCCACCUCGGCCACUGAGGGUGGUUCCUCUCCCCAGAUCACCACCGCUCCUGUCGCUGGUUCCGGCUCCGGCUCUGGCUCCGGCUCCGAGACUCAGGUGGUUACUGUCACCGUCACCGCUACUGUUUCGGCUUGCGACUGGUAA